GAUGAGGAGAAAGUAAAAGAGGAAGAGGAGGAGGAGAGCCCUGGAAAGAGAAGGAGGAACGUGAGAAACCAUCAUCCUCUCAGUACAAGUUGUGUUCGCGUGCACUAAUUGGACAAUCAAGGGGUCAGGGGUCAGAAGCAGAGAGGCUGUGUGCUUAUGAAGGGGAGAGGUCAUGAGUGAGAAGCUCACCAUGUUGAACCUACAGAGCAAUUCCAGCUGGACUGGAACACACAACUGGUACCAUCAACCAAACCCCCUCCCUCAUCACAGAGCAGAUGCUUGUUUGGUGGAGGAUGUAACCGUGGGGAUUGUGGGAGGAGAGGGCGUGCAGAGGGACGAGGUGGAUGAGUCUCAGCUCCACCUGCAGCUGAAGCGGAAGCUGCAGAGAAACCGCACCAGCUUCACCCAGGAACAGAUCGACGCGCUAGAGAAAGAAUUUGAGAGGACACACUACCCAGAUGUCUUUGCCAGAGAGAGACUGGCAGCCAAGAUAGACCUGCCAGAGGCUCGCAUUCAGGUGUGGUUCUCCAAUCGGAGAGCCAAAUGGAGAAGGGAGGAAAAGUUGCGCAAUCAGAAGAGGUCUGGGGGCGGGGCCUCCUGCUCUGCUCCUCUCAGACCCCUCUCUGCUCCUCUCAGCACCUCUUUCAGCUCCAGCGGCUAUCACUCUCACCAUGGCAACUCUUCAGGUUCGAUGCACAGUCGUGGUGACCCCUCUCUCUCAGGCUACGGCUCUCUGGCAGUCUUCUCCAACAUGCAGUGGAAGUGA